CGAGGCCUUUUUUUUUUUCUUUCCUUUUUUUGUUAUCUGGACCAGCUCCACCUCAACCAACGGUAGAGCGUACAACCAACAUCAUUGAGCAUUAUUUGUUUCCAUUCUCAAAAUGCAGCCGUCGACUUGCAUUGGUUGACUGACGAUUUAUGCAUCUCGCACCAACGACAAGCCAAUCACAUCCACUCGCAGGCACGCGCCAAUCUCGUUUCAACGUUUUAACGAGCCAUGACCCCCCUGCGGCAAAGCCAAACAAGGGCCUUUUUCAACGUCACUUUCCAACGCCUUUUGGUAGGCAUGGCACGUCCCCCUCCCCCCCCCCCAUUAACACAAGCCAAUAUUGAACAGGGUGCCCACGCGCGUCAGACGCUAUGGUCAAAACGGUAAAUCGAUGUAUCAUUUGGGGAUCAAAAUUUCCACUUUUACAAUGCGCCCCCCCCCCCUCUCACACGCGAGCAGUUGGUCGCUGGGCGAUGAAGUCGUUGGUCUGGUCUGGUUUCGUCUGGAUGGUCCUUUUUCAAGCUACCGUCGGAGACCGCCGGGAUAGACUCAUAUGGCAUAGACGCUCUGAGUCUGACACCGAAUCGGCAAUUCCUUACAUGCAAGGUACUUUGUAUGCAGGCGCGUGUUGGAAUGGCUGCUGCGGACAAGAAUGUUCCACGAGUGAAGGUAUGGAUAGCCUUGCCGGCACUACGGCUUAUAUGGGUGGAUAGGAAGGUGGGUGGUGAGCGGCAAUUAGCCUAUUUCGCGCGCUGCGGCAUCGCCUCAAACCUGGUCCUCCGCUACUGCGCGCGAUAAGGAGUCCAAUGAGGUGAUGUGCACACGCAGGGCUGGCGUUGGCAUUUGCAGAUCACUGCUUUCGCUAAAGCCAACAUCAGACGAGUUCCAAGCUGGGGGUGGUCGUUUGUAGAAAAUCAUGGCUUCGGCUUCCCGUCCCGCGAACCCAGAGCCACAAUCCGCAAUCUGUGGCACUGGCACAGCCGCUAUCUACAUAGUAUUACCUACCUUGUCAGCACCCACCGGCUCCUCUCGCCUAUGCCCCGGCGCACGCGUGGCUGGUUCGAGAUUUAUCGUCGCUCGUCACCAACACCCGCCCGCCACCUCCACGGCGGCCUACAGCUUCCGUGGAGUCGUGGAGUUCCAAUCGUGGCCACUAGGGUUUGACGAUGCGGCAACGCCCACGUGCAUGGCAGGUGGCGGCAAGCCUCUCGAUGUGAAUAAAGAGAUGGAGCAACUAUAUAUCGCCUUCAAGGCUUCCAACGGCUUUCGUCGGUUGACGUCCAUCCCCACGAGCCAGAUGAAGCCCAUUGUUCAUCACAUGCAACACGAGCCAACCACGCCCUGUCUUUUUACGGGUCGGAUCAGGGCCCCAGAUCAACUCUUGCGUGCUCAGCAGUCCGCAGGCUCCGCUUCAGACAACGUUAGAGCAAGCAGCAUUCUUACGAAUACGGCUGUCAGCACAGGGGUGGCGAGCACCCAAGCCUGGACUGCCGAUGCUUGUGCGGCAGCCAACGAAUAA